AUGACACUCCUCCUCGGCCUUUCCACCAACCCGGCCGGAUGCUCCCAGCCACGUCGGUUGGCAGAGGGCCAGCACCACCCACCUCCAGGGCCGUCGCACGAGCGAAUCAUCGCUCGGUCUCACCUGAAUUUCUUCGAUCAGGUGGUUGAGGGAUCCAAAUCCCUCAUCUGUAGCCACUCAGCCGGUGAGCCACUCCCGAGGAUGCUCCGGUCGCAGUCUCGAGUGGCGGAGAUCGCUGGCCGUCUCCCAGACCAAGUCCGCGAUUUCGAACGGCACGCUGGAUUCCGCGGUCAAUCUAGCCGACCCGAUGGUGAUACUGGUUCGCUCUUCUUUGCUUAA